AUGGCCCCUGUGCAGAAAAAGGUUGAAAAGAAAGGAGUUAAGAAGAAGGAGAUGAUUACAGUGGAAGUCAAGAAGGAAAUCAUCAAGAAGUAUGAGCGAGGUAUGCGAGUGGCUGAAAUUGCAAGAUUUUAUAAGAAGUCUACAUCAACCAUUUGCACAAUAUUAAAGAAAAAAGAAGAAAUAAGGGGGCUAGAUGCAGCAAAAGGAGUCACGAGAAUAUCAAAACAACGGCCACGUGUUCUGGAAGAUGUAGAAAAAUUGCUUCUGGUUUGGAUAAAUGAGAAGCAACUGGCAGGUGAUACUGUGACUGAGGGCUUUAUCUGUGAGAAGGCAAAGGCCUUGUAUGCUGACCUCAUAAGUAAACUGCCAGGUGCAUCGGCAGAGAGUGAAGAAGGCUUCAAGGCAAGCAGGGGAUGGUUUGAUAACUUUAAGAGGAGAAGUGGCUUCCAUAGUGUUGUGAGGCACAGAGAGGCUGUGAGUUUGAAUGCUAAGGCAGCUGAGGCAUUUGCUACUGAGUUCCAGAAGCUCAUGGUUUCCGAGUGUUACCUGCCAGAGCAAGUUUUUAACUGCAGCGAGACAGGGCUAUUUUGGAAAAAGAUCCCGAAGAGGACAUAUGUUACAGAAGAGGAGAAUGCAACAGCUGGUCAUAAGCCCGUGAAAGACCGUCUCACCCUCUUGUUUUGUGCUAAUGCAAAUGGGGACUUCAAAGUCAAGCCCCUGCUUGUGUAUCAUUCCAAGAAUCCACCGGGUUUCAAGAAAUGCAAAGUGCAGAAGAGCCAGUUCAACAUUAUGUGUAGAUCCAACAGCAAGGCUUUGCUCACUCGUGUCUUCUUCAUUGAGUGGAUCAAUGAGGUCUUUGGUCCUGCAGUGAAAAAAUACCUUUUAGAAAAGAAUCUGCCACUCAGAGCCUUACUGGUUAUGGGUAAUGCUCCUGCUCAUCCUCCAGGCUUUGAGGAUGACUUGCUGGAGGAAUUCCAGUUCAUGAAGGUCAAGUUCCUUCCUCCCAACACCACUCCAACCCUCCAGCCCAUGGAUCAGCAGGUCAUUUCGGACUUUAAAAAGCUUUACACCAAAGCUCUAUUUCAGCGAUGCUUUGAGGUGACCAGAGGAACAAACCUUACUUUCCAAGAGUUUUGGAAAAAUCAUUUCCACACUGUGAACUGUCUCAAGAUCAUCGAUAAAGCCUGGGAUGGGGUCACCAAGGGAACCCUCAAUUCUGCUUGGAGAAAACUGUGGCCCCAGUGUGUUCUUGGACACGACUUGGGGCUUGCUGAUGACCCAGAGUCAGCAGUUGUAGAAGAAAUUGUGUCCUUGGGGAAGACCAUGGGACUGGAGCUAAAUGAGGAUGACAUUCAAGAGCUGCUGGAGGAGCAUGGCCAGGAGCUGACCACUGAAGAGCUGAUGGAUCUGCAUCGUGAGCAACAGCAAGAGGCUGUAGAGGAGAUCUCAGCAGAGGAGGAGGUGAAAAAGGCAGAGAAACCCCUCACUUCAAAGGAGAUUAGGAAGAUGUUUCUGGAAGUCCUCUUUGAUGAGAGUUUUUAUAAGGUAUGA